UGCCGGAAGUACUCGGGGAGGGCCGAGCAGUCGGACCGGCUGCUGAGAGGAAAGCUUCACUGGGGCAGUCUCCGCAUAUCAUGGGGAGAUAGACGCUGCUGCCUGUAGCUUUUGAAAAUGGCUGCCUCUCAUUUCACCGGGCUCACAGCUGUUGCUGAUGUAAUUAAAGAUCUAGACACUCAGAUAGCUUUGAUUGGCCUUGGUCCUCACAGCUCCAAAAAGAAACAGGAUCUCGAUAAGCUCUAUGAGCUGAAGUCCAAAGCUCGGCAGAUUAUGAACCAGUUCGGCCCCUCAGCCCUAAUCAACCUCUCCAAUUUCUCAUCCAUAAAACCGGAACCAGCCAGCACCCCUCCACAAGGCUCCAUGGCCAAUAGCACUACGGUGGUAAAGAUACCAGGCACUCCUGGGACUGGGGGGCGUCUUAGCCCUGAAAACAACCAGGUAUUGACCAAGAAGAAGUUACAGGACUUGGUAAGAGAAGUGGAUCCUAAUGAACAGCUGGAUGAAGAUGUGGAGGAGAUGCUGCUGCAGAUCGCUGAUGAUUUUAUUGAGAGUGUGGUGACAGCAGCCUGCCAGCUCGCACGACAUCGCAAGUCAAGUACCCUGGAGGUGAAGGACGUCCAGCUGCAUCUAGAACGCCAGUGGAACAUGUGGAUCCCAGGAUUUGGCUCUGAAGAAAUCCGACCCUACAAAAAAGCUUGUACCACAGAAGCUCAUAAACAGAGAAUGGCAUUGAUCCGGAAAACAACCAAGAAAUAACACACGGAAAAGUCAGGAAAUGGACAACAAUGUAUUUGGAGAUACUUGAGCUGAGACUUCAGCCAUCUCAUCCUUGGAAUUUUUUUUUAAAUGCUUUACAGAGAAGCAUAUAUUUUUUAUUAACAGUGCAGCAAUAUCUAUAAUGACUGAGAUGAUCUGCCAAAAGAAUAAAGCCUCCUACCCCUCUUCCGGGUCCUUUUCCCUGCCGUCUCAAAGAGGAGCAGUGUAUCUUCCAGAGAAGAUUUUAUUUGUGGCUUAUUAUAUUAGUGAUCGAGUAUGGGACAAAGCAUUUUGGUCUUGUUGGGUAAGACAGUAUUAGCAAGAUUUGUAGAGGGUUUUGUUUCUUCCUCCAUCCCUCAUUCCCUGUACUUUGUAAUGUCAGUGUUUAUAUGAAUAUGAAUUUGAUUUGCUUUUCCAGAAUAAAGAAGUUAUUAAUUGAAA